UGAGCUCUGGCUGCUGGGCUGUUCCCGGGGCUAUUGCGGCUGUCAGCACCAAGUGGCCCCAGUAUGGACAGAGGGGCCGGGCAGGCAGGCCCUGCUUCCCUGGGUAAGGGUCUGUGCUCUGCUCUGCCUCCAUGGCACCUGCUGCCUGUUCCCCAGAUGGCGGCCGCAGCCCGCUGCCUCUCCCUGCUGCUCCUGUGCACCUGUGUGGCUCUGUUGCUGCAGCCACCGCAGGCUGCCCAGGGAGCCCCGCUGGAGCCUGUGUACCCAGGGGACAACGCCACACCAGAGCAGAUGGCCCAAUACGCGGCUGAACUCCGCCGAUACAUCAACAUGCUGACCAGGCCCAGGUAUGGAAAGAGAGACAGAGCAGGCGCAGUGGACGUGGAUUGGGGCUCUCCACAUGCAGCUGGCCCCAGGGAGCUCGGCCCGACAGACCUGUGAUGCCACUGCUCGCCUCCUAUGAGACCCCAGGCACUGCCAGCGUAGCUCUCCCCUCCGCACCCUUGGCUCUGGCUAACACUUGCCCCUGCUCAUGCCCAGGCUAAAUAAAGCAAUUCAAACUCA